AUGGAGGCUAAUGGUGUUACGGUGUCGCUGGUGCCGCUGAAAACCAAUUUGAUCAACCUGCCAGCAGACCUGGGGUCGACGUUGUACAAUCUGAACUUGCCUGCUCAGAAUGUGCUUAUAAAGAUCAGUUUCUUCAGAGGUGGUGUCGCCAAAGUAUUUUAUACCGGCUGGUCUGGUUAUACAACCUCAGGUAACACAAUUGAAAUUGAUCCUGCGCUGGCAAAUGUUAAUGAAUUGAGUGAAACGAACAGGGUGAAAGUAGCUGUGAUCACAGAGUAUGAAGAAGUCAACAAAGUGCAUGUUGAUCCAUUAUCAUCUUCGGAUUGGGAAACAAUCGAGCUUCAUGCCAGAGCUUUAGAAGACCAUCUAUUAUCUCAAACCAGAGCUGUUCAAAUUGAUGCCCCAUUAGUAUUGUAUCCUACAGGAUCAGUGACUGCAAACUUAGUUGUCAAGAAGUUAGAACCUGAGCCAAAAGCCAAAUACGCCAAAAUUAGUCCAAAUGCCGAAGUGAUAAUCGCACCCAAAGAGAGAAAGAAAAAGAAAACAAGGUCAGUUAGUUCAAGAUCAAGUUCAAAAUCAAGAAGAGCUCGUGAAAGUUCCGCAUCUGUUUUACUGAGAGGAAUUUCAUUACCGCAUAGUUUUUUCCAAAGCUAUAAAGAAAAGAAUAAAUAUGAAGUUUAUGCAAAUUUUGAUGAGAUCAUCUAUACAUUACACAAGGCUGAAUAUGUUCGAGUUUCCAUUAUGCCUGGACCUGGUAAGAAGCCUCAUGAACCUUCACCACAGGGAUCUGGCGAACCUGCAUCUACGACUGUUAUUGCAAAAUUAGUUCAUGAUCCAAAAGUUCAUAAUCACGUUGGAUUAUCGCGAUUAUUAGCUAUUGCAUUAGGUGUAACCGACCAAGUUGGUGAUAUGGUCCAAUUAGAACCAGCAGUUAAUGUAUCAAUCGAAAGAAAACUAGAGUUUGUUAUUCAUCCAUUCACAACAGUAUCUGCUCCUGUAUCAACUGACCAGCUUUCACUAAGCGAUGCCAAAGCUAAGAAGGAAAAAGAAGAAAGACAAAAAAAGAUAACUGAAAUGAAGGAGGAACUUUCUGAAGGAUUUUUCAAUCCUGAAACUCAUAUUGAAACUUGUCUUACUAAUAAAGUUAGACUACCUAGUAUGGAUGGUCUUCCACAGGGUGGUGUUUUACAAUUCAAAGGAACAAAGUCAGAAUGGAUAAUGUCUUUGAAGAAUACUAGAUUGAAUAUAGAUAUUGGUGAUGAAAUUGUCAUUCCGGAAUCUCAAAUACCACCUAAGAUCGAACAAGAUGUUUCAAAUGAACCAAUUGAGAAACCUUUAGGUCAAGAUGAUCUCAUUAAAAAGAUUGAAAAAGUUUUGAAAAGAAGAAAAAUUGGUGCAUUGAUCUUUGGUGCUUCCGGUUCUGGUAAAUCAUUGAUAGUCAAUGAAAUUGCACAAAGAUUAUACAAUGAUGGUGUGUUUAGACUACAUGUCCAAUGCUCAGAUUUUUCAAAAGAGUCAUCUUCAAACAUUAAAGAUAAAAUCUCUGCUUGGUUAACAAAAUGUGCUUGGUAUACACCUAGUGUGUUGGUUCUCGAAGGUAUUGAAUCUUUAUUUCCUGCUGAAAGUGAAAAUGCUGAUAAUGGUCAAACUAGACAAUUGACCGAAUACUUUGUUCAAACUGUGGAAUCAAUAAUGAAGUCGAAAAAUUUGAUAAUUUUGGCAACUGCAAGAUCAAAAGAAGCUGUCAACAGCUUUCUCUUCUCAAGUCAUUGCAUUGAAGAUUCGUUCAACUUAAGAGCUCCAAAUAAAGGGGUUAGACAAUUGUUGAUUGAGGAAUUUUUGAAAAAAGAUAAUUUAUCUCUUUCAACAGAAUUUGACGCAUCACAAUUAUCAUUAGAAACUGAAGGUUAUUUGCCUAGUGAUUUGAAAGUUCUUGUUGAUAGAAUCAAUCAUGAAUCCAUUUAUUCUUCAAUUGAAAAAGGUGAGAUCGAACCAACUAAAAUAGUUUCAAAUGAAUUAUUUACAAAAGCUAUUUCUGGAUAUGUUCCUUCAAAUCUGAGAGGUGUUAAACUACAAAAAUCUACAACAAGCUGGAUUGAUAUUGGUGGGUUAACAGAGGCAAAAUCCAUAUUGUUGGAAACUUUAGAAUGGCCAACUAAAUAUGCGCCUAUUUUCAAAUCUGCCACUUUGCGUUUAAGAUCAGGGAUCUUAUUAUAUGGGUAUCCAGGUUGUGGUAAAACUUUACUUGCCUCUGCAGUUGCUGGUCAAUGUGGACUAAACUUCAUAUCGGUCAAAGGUCCUGAGAUUUUAAACAAAUAUAUUGGUGCAAGUGAACAAUCUGUUAGGGAGUUGUUCGAAAGAGCACAAGCUGCAAAACCUUGCAUCCUGUUCUUUGAUGAAUUUGAUUCAAUUGCUCCAAAGAGAGGUCAUGAUUCCACCGGUGUUACUGAUAGAGUUGUCAAUCAAAUGUUGACUCAAAUGGAUGGUGCCGAAGGUUUAGAUGGGGUUUAUGUCCUUGCUGCUACAAGUAGACCUGACUUGAUUGAUUCUGCAUUAUUACGUCCAGGAAGAUUGGAUAAGAGUGUUAUUUGUGAUAUGCCUAAUCAUGAAGAUAGGUUGGAUAUACUUAAAUCAAUCACAAGAAAGAUGAACUUGGGCCCUGAUGUCGAUCUAAAUGAAGUUGCUACUCAAACACAAGGAUUCUCAGGCGCCGAUUUACAAGCUGUUGGUUACAAUGCUUAUUUACAAGCUGUUCAUGAAAAAUUAGAGAAAGAUAAAUUGGAAAGUGAAGGAGAAGUUAAAUCUUCAAAUCAAAACGUUCAUGAAUUUGUUCAAUUGUCUUUGAAACAAGCUAAACAAAACCAUGAUAUGAAACCACAUGAAAGAACUAAACUUCUUCGUCAAAUCGAACCCCUACUGGAGAACAUUGAAAAAGAAAAACAAGAAUCGGAACAAGAGACAAAGAAAUCAGAAAAGAAAGAUAAUGGCGUCGUGAUCAAAAAUAGCGAUUUCCUCACCUCUUUAAAAGAUACAAAACCGAGUAUUUCAGUAUCUGAAAAGUUGAAACUGGGCUCAAUUUAUAACCAAUUUGUUUCAGGAAGAGAUGGAAAUAUGCCUGAUGGAACAUCUAGUAAUGAAAUAGGAGCUAGGUCUACUUUAAUGUGA